AUGAACUCCUCGAAUUCUGGUCUACAAGAGUGGGAAAAGGACUUUACUCCCCGGGUCAUCAAGGCUAAAGACUGGGAACCACAACGCGAAAACUUCACCAGAUUAUAUUUUACCGAUAAGUAUAACCUAAACGAUGUCAGGAGGAUAAUGGCAAAGGACUACAGGUUCUAUGCGAGGCCGAAGCAGUGUAAAGCUGCCAUCGCCAAGUGGGGGCUUGGGAAGAAUCUCAAGCGUAUAAAGAUGUUGAAAAUGCUACGGAUUCAGGACGAUAGAAAACUAGCGGGGAAAUCGACAGUCUUUCGAUUCAAAGGCCAACGAGUGAAAAAAGAAACGCUUAAGCGCGGCCGGAAGAGAUAUAAUGGAACAGGAGAGGCACCAGAAUGGUAUAAGCUACAGCCGCCAGUGUCUACCCCGUCAGAUGUCGAUUACUCCACUCCAAGGUCAUCCAAUAGUUCGGAUGACUCCAGCUCCGGGUCGGAGGGAGGUGCACCAAGUCCCAUAGUUUACAGCAAACCGUCUUCUCCUAGAGAGAAUAGCAUCGGUGGUGCUUCCCCAGAUCAAUUAAGUAGUAUAGGAGAUCUAGAAUAUUCCCCCACGAUGUUUCUCUGGGUCAAUCAAAUAGUGCAGAAGAGACGGGAGCAAGAGUCUGCCAAAAGGCCCAAUGAUUCGGGUAAUUAUAGCGGGUCAGACCAAAAACCGGCGCUUCCGACUAAGUCGCUCGAUACUCUUUCGGAUCUCCCGACUACAUGUGAUAUUACCCACGAACUCCUGGAAUUCCCCGCAAGGGCGGCUUGGUUAGAAUCGUCAGAACCGAAGUCGGAAGCAGCCCGGACGCUUUGUUUGGAUUGUUUGAUGGGUGGAUUUACGAUCCAUGGUACACUAUCCGCAGAAUCAAUACUCUUUGAGGCCUUUGGUGAUAUAUCGCCCAGUCAGAAUAGCGAUUAUCAAAUAAGUUCGAGUUGUACGAGUAGUUUCUGUCCUGCACGGUUUAGGAUCAAUCAUCCGGAAACCCACUAUUUUUCAACAAGUUUGUUUGUGGAGCAGGUCAGACCGGUUUAUGUUUAG